CUCAGAAAAUCAAUUACACAGCAGCGUUGGCAACCAUGGACGACACCGGGGCAUACUAUACCCCUCUCGCCCAGUACUCGUAUUACCAGCAGCCUCCUCCGCCACCGCCUGGGACGGCGCAUCAGCCGCCGCCACCAAUUCUUCAGUUGUCUCAUCACCAACAACACCACCCUUAUCAAUCGACGGUAGCCACCUAUGCCGCUCCGCUCUACGCUCCUCCGCCGUCCAACGACGAUGUCCGAACACUAUUCAUCGCCGGCCUUCCCGAAGACGUCAAGCCGCGAGAGAUUUACAAUCUUUUCCACGAGUUCCCGGGAUACGAGUCUUCCCAUCUCCGUAGCCCUUCAUCGAAUACGCAGCCAUUUGCAUUUGCAGUCUUUGUCGAUCAGCCGUCUGCACUUGCUGCAAUGUAUGAACUGAAUGGACUAGUAUUUGACCUUGAGAAAGGCUCCACUUUGUUUAUCGAUCUUGCAAAAUCCAAUUCCAGGUCAAAACGCCAAAGAACAGAUGAUGAUAGGCCUGGAUCAGAGAAAAGUAAGAAAGGGUCUGCAGCCGUUUCAAGGGUCAUUGAAUCUGCAGGUGUUGGCAACAUUCACAUUCCUGGAAUGGGUAGUUCUGCUUACAACACAGUUGGUUAUCCACCCACACAAAGGUCAUCUGCACUACUUAAGCACAAUCCUUUCUUACCUGGAAGUGAUUUGCUUCUCACCGGAUAAUGUGGUUUAGUUUUUUUAUUCACAUCUAGCUGAAAGGUUAAGGGCCGAGUAUUAGAAGUUACUGUGUGCCCUUAGAAUUAUGGAAUAUCUUACCGCAAACUAUAUUUGGUCAUUCUAAUUUUCAAAUGCUCAUGUUCAGUUAUACUAAUUUUGAUGGAAGAUCUGUGAAUGAGAGCAAUGCAUACAAGAAUGCUGCACCAUGUCCUACACUCUUUGUGGCUAAUCUAGGGCCUAAUGCUUCAGAACAAGAGCUUAACCAAGUGUUUUCAAGAUGCCAUGGUUUUUUAAAGUUGAAGAUGCAGAGCACCUAUGGAGCUCCUGUUGCUUUUGUUGACUUUAAGGAUACUGCUUGCUCAACGGAAGCUCUGAGUCAUCUUCAGGGGACUCUUCUUUACUCCUCACCCGGAGAGGGCAUGAGACUAGAAUAUGCUAAAUCACGGAUGGGAAUGCGCAGCAAAAAGUCCAAAUAAAAAAACAGGCACGACCGAGUUUCAGGUUCUGUAUUGUAGUACCCUUUGAACCAAAGUUAGAUCAUGGUCCAUUUUGGAAGGCAAGCAACCAGGUGAAUCAUGAAUGUGGGGAAAACAAGUGGACAUAAGAAAUGUUGGCAAUCGGUUGAGUAUGUGUUAUUAUUUGAAGCAGGUAGAAUUGGAACUACACAGUAUGAGGCUUUGUUUGGCGAAACAAAAUAGAUUCAUUAUUAAUGCCUUUUUGCUUGGUAAGUGUCAACACAUAAGCUAGCUUAUAAGGUUAUUAUAUUAGUUUCUUUGGAGCUAUUCAAAUAAGUUCCAUUUGGCAUGCCGACAUCUUUGAAAGACUAAAUGUUGGUUUCGAGUCAUUUCCUUUAACUUCUACCUAAACGACGAACGUGGGUGUGAUUCUUCUUAGUUUGAAUCCUUGGUUGAAGAAUCUCAUCUUGCUCGGGAAUUCUUUGUAAGAAGUGAUAGUUUUGUUCAUGUAU